CGUGGUGCUCGUGAUCGCAAUGCCCGCGGGGAUGAUCACCAUGCUCGUGAUGCACGGGACGAAUCUCGUGGUGCUCGUGAUCGCAAUGCCCGCGGGGAUGAUCACCAUGCUCGUGAUGCACGGGACGAAUCUCGCAAUGCCCGUGAUGACUCCCGUGAUGCCCGUGAUGACUCCCGUGAUGCCCGUGAUGACUCCCGUGGUGCUCGUGAUCGCGAUGCCCGCGGGGAUGAUCACCAUGCUCGUGAUGCACGGGACGAAUCUCGUGGUGCUCGUGAUCGCAAUGCUCGUGAUGAAUCUCGUGAUGCCCGUGAUGACUCCCGUGGUGCUCGUGAUCGCAAUGCCCGCGGGGAUGAUCACCAUGCUCGUGAUGCACGGGACGAAUCUCGUGGUG